AUGAAACCAUGGCAUUGGCCGAUGAGGGUUAACUCGUCUGAUUUGCACCAAAAGAAUGAAAGCCUAUUGCCACCAGGGGAGUUCUUCAUAUUAAAAAUACCAGAAAACUCAGAAGGAGACUUCAAAAAUGAAUCAACAGUUCUUACAGAAUCUCAACUAUCUGAUAAAACCACUGAAGAUCCACAGGAUGAAACAAAUAACAAAAAGAACUGCAGUACAACAAUCCAUACAGAAAAUUCAGCAGAUAAUGUUAAAUCAACUGAAGAUACUAAUGCUGUAGAGAAAUCCACUGUGGAAAAAAUAUUAGAGAGAAUACAAGGUAGUGAACUUGUUCUGGCUGAAGACUUGGUGAUAUGUGGAUUGUGUGGCAAAAGUUUCUUGGACAUCAAACAGUUUCUGCAGCAUAAGUCUACACAUAAAACCUAUGCCUCCAAAUACCGCUGUGAGCUGUGCCGCCAAACUUUCUGCCGCCAUGCCACACUGAUGGACCACUAUCAGAGAAGACAUCGUACAAUAGUGAGGGUCUCCCCCAACCUCGUGACCGAACCUAAUGAGGAAGAACCGUCCAACGAGAAAAGAAAAAGGUCAAAUUUUAAGACAAUGUCCAGGGGAGUCCAGGUGGACAUCAAAGCCCCAUCCCCAGGGGCUGAUUUGGCAUUUUCUGGGGGUGACAUUGGUCCUCAGGUCAAUAACUUAAAACAUCUAGAGGACUCACAGCUGGACUUUCAUUUCAUCAUAUCAGUAGAGACCGUUAAAAAGAAUCAGUUUGACUAUGCCAGUGUUUAUCUGAAGUGCUUACACUGUCGAUUUAAAACUACCUCGAGGGCAAAUCUCAGGACUCACAUGAGAGCCAAGCAUCCAGACAUGAUUGAUAUAAAUCAAAGGAUUUCCAUAGGUGAAAACGGCACUGGGAAUCACAGACUGGUCAGUAUGUCCGAGUACAAACGCCAACUGCACAAACAACAGUCAGGACAGAGAAUUGACAAGCAGGACGUCUUGGGUCAGUUUCCCUGUCCAAUAUGCAAUAAAGUGUUCGGUAGGUUACGCUACCUUCGUGCUCACAUGCCAGUCCAUCGAAAAGAACUUUCAUUCAUGUGUGAAGAAUGUGGUCGCCAUUUUAAAUCCCGUGCGAGUGUAUAUGCUCAUAAGAGACGAUUCCACAAGGGUGUCAUGUACAAAUGCCCACAUUGCUCUUUUAGAACAGGAGUCAAUAUCUUGUACCACAGGCACAAGCGUAUGCACAGCGUCUCCCGUCGAGGGCAGAUUUGUGACGUAUGCGGAGAAGCCUUCAUUCAUUCUCAUCAACUCAAGAAACAUCUGUCUGUCCACGAUCCAACCAAACCAUACCAGUGUAAGAUCCAGUCUUGCUCAUGGAGAUUUGAUAAUGAAAAUAAACUGAAGAACCACCUGUUUAUAUACCAUGCAGAGAAAGAGACUGAAGCUCCAGCUAGCGUGGUGGAAAGUGAUCACCAACACAUGGCGACUGAUGGAUUGUCUCUCUCUGAUGAUUCUAAAGUGGGACAACAAAAUCAGCAAACAAAUGAGACAAAAGAUAACAGCAGUGGAAAUGUGCCUCAACAAGAAGAUGGCAGCGACCCACAACCCCAGAUAACUUAUGUCAUCCAGCCUGAAGGGAGUGUGCCGCAGUUAACCAGGCAAAAUGUGGUAUUCACAUUAAAUCCUAAAGACGCCGAGUCUAGCCAGCGACAGGCAGAGGGUCAGUUUGGCCAGGACGGAAUGAAUAUAAGCUACCAGCAGUCUGGCGAGGUGGACAUACUGUUCUCAGCAAUGGCAACUAGUCACUCAGGAACAACUGACCAUUCCACAGAUCAUGCCACUGACCAGGCCCUGAUGCAAGGUUUUAAUAGCCUGACAUCGGUAGGCCAACAAGGAGGAACUUCCCACCCCAACAGCAAUGUUUUGAUGACAAUAGCACAGCAGUAUCGCAAUGCUCAAGUUCUACUGGAAGAAGGAUUUACAGGGGAACAGGUCCUUAGGCUCCUCCUGGAGAAUCAGUCCGAAGGUGUCCUCAGUCUGGGUCAAGUUCAACUGCCCAGACAUCUCCAGGCUGACCCCAAUGCUGACAUGGUUGGGCAGCCCCGGACAUCAGUUCCAGUGUCUCAGUUAAGUGCAUACAGCAGUCUGGCUGUGCUUCCUACGGUGAGUUCCCCUCCCACAAGCUUCAGUUCCAACCCCAUCUUCUUGCAGCAGUUUCUGGAUCAAACUCAUGGAGCAGUGGGGCAAGGGGUGUUGGGGGAAGGCCAGGACUUGGGGGUGUAUUCCAGUGGUUCUCUGACCCAGGGGCAGGUGCAGCAAUUCACCACAGGAGGGGUUGGAGACGGUUUUCAGCCAAUGGACACCCAGCAGCCAGAGGAAUGUUUUGACCCAUUGUUGCAGCAUAGCCAAGAUGCUGGUGAAACUAUUAACACUUCUAAUGGGACUUGACUGAAAGAGGAGAAUUUUUCUGUACUUGACAUUCACUAUAUCGUAGCAAUAACUGAGACCCAUACCAGUUUUACCAACGUUUCUUUAUAAUAUGUUAGUGUAUUUGUUAUUAUUAUUAAUUUGAUGUUUUUGUUGUUAAGUUAUAUUUUAUUAAUGUGUUAGUCAUGUCAGUUAUCAGGUAUAUUUAAAUAUGUUCAGGCAUCAGCUUGUGACUAUUGUCAUCAAGUUUUUUUUAAGUCACUUUAGUUGAAAUCGUUUCAGCCAAAUGACUAGUUUUAAGUCUUUAUUUAUUAGUAAAAUGCAAAAAAAAAAGUAGCAAAACACUUUAUUUUUAUGAUAUUUAGCCAGAGUUUUCUAAACAUAUGGCAAAAUUCCCCAGGCAAGCAUAAAUCUAGUUUUCUAUAUUGUAAUGGUAGAUUUUAUGGUUGGAGGCUUAUGUUCUGCCUACAUUACAUGUGCUAGUAGUCGUAUUGUAAAAAAAGUCAGAUAAAAUUGUUAUUUAUUAUUGUUACUAAUUUCAUUAGUUCUUGAAAAUCAUUUCUUUGUAAACAUCUGCACAGUUAAAGGGAGCUUUUAUGUGUAAUUUUUGUCUUAAUUUGUUCAAUUGUUUAUGCUAUUAUACAAAUUUCUUUUUAAGAAUCAGAAUGUUGUCAUAAUGAUUCACUCUAGCCUCUAGAAUAUCCAAACCACAGAAGUCCUUAUGAUAGCGCAAUAUCCUUUAUCAAACUGUCAAGCCAAUGACA